AUUCGAUAGCACAACAUGUAAUUUUGCUCCUAACAGCACAUUUAACGCAAUGUUAACGCCGAUAAAGUAAACAAACAAUCUAUCUGCAACAUAGAAAUCAGCAAACAAAAUCGAAUAUGAAGGAAAAAUGCAGAGUUUGCUGGCUGAAACACCAAAACAUGGUCAACAUUUUUAAGCAAACUGUGGAGUUUGAGAUUACCCUGGCCGAAAUGAUUUCGCAGUCCACAGGCUAUCCAGUUCAAAAGGGAGACCCCUUUUCCGAGUUUAUUUGCCUAAUUUGCCUUAAGGAUACGCAAAAUGCGUACAGAUCUCGACCAACUUACGAUCCGGACCAUGAGCUCACCUGCCAAGUAAAGAAGGAAAUGAUAGAUGAUUCACUACAGGAAGCUGAUUAUAAUGACUCUCAAGGAUCACAAUAUGGAGAGGAAACGGAGCAAUUCGCUUGCCUAGUGAAAAACGAGCCCUUAGAAGAAGACUUUUUAGAUAAUGACAUCUCUGUAACAGCACCUUACCAAAUAGGGGAACAAAAUGAAGAUUUAAGUUGCGAAAAAAUCAAAAAGGUUAAAAAAAAGGUAAAAGGUUCAGCGAAAAAGGCACUACCUCUUAGUUGUCUUCAUUGUUCUGAGACCUUUCGGAGCAAAUAUUUUCUAGAUCUGCACAAACAAGUUCACAUGAAGGAACCGAAAUACUCAUGUAUUCACUGUCCCAAGACUUUUGCAACUUUAUACCAACAUAAGAGUCACAUGGUGACCCACACUGGAGAACGAACACACAAAUGUCCGCAAUGUCUCAAAUCAUUUAUCGGUAGUUCAAAUCUGCAAACACACCUCCGCAUUCACACUGGCGAGCGACCAUUUAAAUGCCUCAAAUGCCCAAAGACUUUCAUACAGAAAACGCAUCUUGUUAAUCACAAUCGCACCCACACUGGCGAACGUCCCUUUAGUUGCCCAAAGUGUCUAAAGACCUUUAGACAACCAGCUAAUCUCCAAGCGCACCUGAAGGGUCAAUGUGAGAGUUUAAUUUCCCGCGUCAAAUCCCGAAAAGAGAAAUCACUUUUUAAGUGCGUCCACUGCUCCUCGUCGUUCAAAGACCAAAAUGAUCUGCUAGAUCACAUUCACAUCCACAACGCUUUAUUUGAGGAAGAAGUCUGUAAGAUGUCUAACAAUGAAAAUGAUCAGCUUAAUGAUAUAAAAGUGGAUAUUUUUAAAGAUGAUGAGCAAGACAAUUCGAAUUUAGAGGCAAACAUGAAGGUCUGUCCGAAUGAACACCUUAAGACUUUUGAAUAUUAUAGGUAAUGUUCUUAUUUUAUAAUAAAUUAUUAGUUAGUUGAGAUCAACAGAAAUGUUAAAUUCAUUUUGUCGUCUCAUCUUAUAUGGAGUCGGAAAACUCUGUUAGCCGCACUAAAUAUAUUUGAUAAUUACCACAAGUUAUCGGCAAUUUAAAAUUUCUUUGUUUCUUAAAGUGUUUUUAUUAAUUACAAUUUAUUAUUACAAUUUGGUCAAUAAUUUAUUUAUAAUAUGCAUGUAUCUUUUACUUAUUCUAUGUUGUGUAUUCAAUUUUAGUUUUGUAAAUAUCGCACGGACCUUAUGAUAUUAUGGUAAAAAAUCUAUGUAAAAUCA